AGACGACGCGCAGCAGACGACAAAAUCGAAGUGUGGCAGAGAGCGGGCGUCUGCUGGAGCAUUUCAGCAGUAUCUCAGGUAAUUUCCCAGCCCCACUGCUUCCCUCGUCACCUCCAUAGUUUCAGGGACACAGAACUCUACGAACUGCUGAAGAGCAAGAACAAAUGAAGUUAAAGUUGUACGACACUUUGAUCACUGUUUGCACAACGACGCAUGAGCGCUCAAUUUGUGCUCAUCAAGUCAGCGUUGCACGAAGAGCGUUCAUCCACAUGAGUUUAAAGGCACUGCUCGCUUGCUAAACAGAAUAUUUGGAGUAAAAUUCCCAGUUGUCACUCAAGAUCGAAGCAUUAUUCAGAUAUGGUGUCUUUCGCAAAAUACAGCUUGGUUCCCAUGGAGGAACCAAAGGAGGCACAAGAUAUUACACAGUCAAGGGUCUCGGGAGCCUUUGAUUACAAUUCGGCAUUCAGCUACAAAUCAGCAUUUGACUACAGCAAAACUCCCAGUCAGUACCAGUCUGCAUUCGACUAUGGCUAUGGCCACAGGGGUCACUCAGUUUCCCUCAAUCUUGGGGAGAAGGAUACUGAACAGAAAAAGAAAAAGUUUGCAAACUGGAGUAUCAUGAACUGUUUAGCGACGCUCGUUACAUGGCUCAGUUAUUUCUUCAUAGCGCUCACAUUCCCAGUCACCCUUUGGUUCUGCUUCAAGAAAUUAGCUCAGUGGGAGCGUCUUAUCGUCUUUCGCCUCGGGAGGUUACGAGGUGCACUGGGGCCCGGCUUGGUGUUCAUAAUCCCUUGGCUAGAUCAUCAUACCCGUGUCGACAUGAGAACCAAGGCUUUCUCUGUGCCUCCACAACAGUUAAUCACAGCUGAUAAUGGGAUAAUAGAGAUGGGCUGUGAGGUGAAGUAUCGGAUCAGUGAUGUACAGCGACUGACCAUUUCAGUUACAUCCCCGGAGCAUGGCUUGCGAUCAUUUGGAAAAACAGUUAUGCUGAAUGUUCUCACCAAGAAUACUGUCAGAGAGACGGAACGAGACCGGCCCAUGAUUGCUUCACAGAUCCAAAAGGAGCUCAAUUUGAGAGUUCUUGAGUGGGGUAUUGAAAUUGGAGAAGUAACGCUGAGCACAGUCAACAUUCUCAAGGAAGCCGAGCCCAACAAUCCGCUGAAGCCCAUCAUUAAUUGCUUCGGGGGAGGAGGAGGGGAAAUCAUUGCCCCGCCUGGAUCAGCCGGCUCCACAGCCUCUGCAAUGUUUAACAUUCCUGGGCUUGGAAACAUGGGGGAUUUCAACUUCCUCAGUGGCAGUUCAAAAAAAAAAUCAGAAGCCAUUGAUGAACCCUCAUACUUGAGCAAUGGUCUGCAUUAUUUUACAGAUCUACUGGGUUUCUCAGACGAAAAUAGUGAGCCACCUAACCAGCUUAACAAUCAAGUGACCAGUAGCCGAUCACCCCAUUCCAAACUUGGGAAGCAUUUGCAGUCUCUCAUCAAUGGCGCCGGUGGUGCCGAUCUGGCUCAUGGGAUUUACAGACUCCAGGUGGAAGGAAAAGAUGGUGGCAUCUUCAUCAUAUUUGUUGGAAAUGGGGUGCGACAAGUGGUAGAAGGAGACUUGCCAAAGGUUACCCCAGACGUUGCAGUGACCAUUGCCAAGAGUGAUUUGAUGGCCAUUUUUGAAGGGACUCUUGCCCCACUGCAGGCUUAUCUCUCAGGCCAUCUGACGGUCCAAGGCAAUGUGCAGAUGCUUAUGGGGCUCGAGUCCCUCCGCCAGGGUAAUAAGGAUAAAGACAAAGAUGAUAUUUUCAUUGUGUAAUAUAUGAUUUUCUCAAAAUUUCUACUAGAUAAAACAAAGAAAGCUUUAAAAGAGUAAGAAAUGCAUUGUUAAUGUUACCUUGGAAAAUACCUCUUGCAUGAAUCAUUUAUAAUAAAAAAAUGCACAAUGAGACUUAUUAGCUUUUACUUCCUUUAAACGACGGGACGCCAACAUAGGUUUCUAGUAGCUAUGCGCAAAUUAAUGAAAGAGGCUGGAUAUCUGCUUUAUUUACUCUAACUUUAAAUAUCAAUUGCCUAUAAAUCCCCCAAAAGUACUGCAUGGCUUUCUGUAACUUAAUACAGUACUGUUUAUUUUUCUGUCAAUUGAAAAUAUUUAAUUUUUUAUCUAAUGUAGCCUACAUUUUUAAUAUACAGUAGUAUUUUAAAAUUUAUUUUUCAUAAAUAUUAACUUAAAGACAGUGUUGUUACAUUUAUGAUUUAGUUAAAUGGCUGAAGCAACUAGAAGGGCAAAAGUGCCAUUUAUUCAUGAUUCAAAUUACUAUUUAAAAUUUGGAAGCUUAUGCAAAAGCAUACACAUAAUUUCAGCUACGACUGUUUUGAAAUGACACUGGCAUUCCAUAGUAAGCAAUAAGAGUGUUAAAUUAUUUUUAUAGAAUAAGAGAUUUUUGUAAUGUAUCAUAUUAAAGUUUGCAGAAAUUCUUAUUAGGGUUUUCAGAGAAAACAAAAAUUAUAUUUACUAAUGAGUUUAUCAAUAUGGGUGUUUUACAGACUAGUGGUUAAGGAGUACAUGUUUGAGGGGAUUGUGAGAUUAUAUGAGAUGAAGCAAAUACACAAUUUUGCUAGAAGAUAAUUGUUUAGAGGAGACUGAAUGAACUGCUUCCAAUUUGAUGCAAUUAAGUAAGUAAGUAAGUCAUUCGUCUCAUCCAUGACUCGCUUCUUGACUACAACUUUGAACAGCGAAUGCUUCUUAAAACUAUUCUAUGUGAAUUAGUAUAUGCUGUCUCAGUUUUCUUAUAUUCAUAUAUAUAUACUUUUACUAAUUGUUGCUAGUUGUGAGAGCUAUGAGCUAGCUUUAAAUAAAGUCUUAAUUACAUUUGUAGAUAAUAUUACAGUACAUUUUUCAAAUUGAAACAUGAAACAAAAAGAUAUAACUAAAAGUACACAACUGAGCUCACUGCACGGGAGACAUCUCCCGUCAUGCAGGGUGCAGUCGCACCUCCACAGAUCUCCAGUUUCAUCUAUUGAUACUGGUAAUGGCUCAAAAGGGCCACCACUUACGGGCUAUUCAUGCCCGUGCCACCUUUUGGGUGGCUUAAUCUUUAUCAAUCUGAGCUCACUUUCAAUCAACUGAAGGCUGAUGGUUUGUGAAUAGUUUUAUACCAUCAGAGGCGAUCUAUAAUAUUUCACUGGAAAUUAUUGCAUAAAAUUAUGGUGUCGAGUAUAAAAAAGCAAAUAUUCAGAUGUGAAUAUUUUCACAGUGAAAAAAAAUAUUUAUGAUCAAUUCCCGCACAAAUAUACAAGUUGAUAAAAAGAUUUAUACAGAUGUAGAUAGUAAAAAAUGUUUAAAGCUAGAUAUGUUUAGAUUCUGCAUUAAACAUAAAUGUUAUAUUAUAGUGUUAAUGUGUUGUGUUAAUGUUAUCUUUUUAAAGUGUAUAUUUUUAUGGACACUAUGAUUUGACAGCCUUUCACUGGAAGCCCUUUAUUUAUCAUAUUAUGUUGAGCAUAUCCUGCUGGUAGGUUAUUUUAUUUAUUUUUGUUCGUCUUGUAUUUGUUACAUACUGUAUAGAGUUGUCUCUACAGAUUGUAUUUGUUUUUUUUAUAAAGUUUAUAAUCUUCAAAAUAUUUUUGUUACAUGUCGAAUAUUCUCUUCAAAAAUUGCUAAUGGCAGAGGAAAUCUGACAAAACGUGCGAAAAGUAGGUCCCACUUAAGCUCAAAAGAGAUAGGAAAUCGACAUUCACAAUCGACUUGAGAAUGGUCCAGGACGGACUGAAACGUUGUCGUCCCUUCACCUUCUAGUGUGUCGUCUGGUCAACAGAGGUAGGAAAUACCUGGACAAUGUAGUCACUCAUACCUGCCUUGUAUUAAUGACAUGCUUGAACAAAUCGACAAGGGCCUUGAUGAGGAUACGAACCUAUGCACUGGAUGUUCCCAGACACGCUCUAGUCAACUGUACCACAACACAACACUUGUACUUUACAUGGGACAUGCUCGCCCAACUCUCAUCAGACUUGCCUCUUCAGUAGCACCGUUUCUAUAGCAAUAGUCAUGAUUACUUUAAAAGUUUAACAAAGCAUUACGGUUACAAUAUUAUAACUGCUUAUAAUCCAUUUUAAUGUGAACUGAUGAUUUUGAAGCAUUUUUUUUUUAUUUUAUUUUUUUUCUGCAUGAAGAGCAGUUGCUCCUAAGGUGGGCAAGGUUUGUAACGAGUAUGUAUAGAAAAUGAACUAAUUAUUCACAGUAACAUAAUUUGAUGCUGAUCAAACAAUUUGACCAAAUGCUUUUUGAUUAUUUUUCUAGCUGCUCAUUGAAGAAAAAGCCUUCAUACUUGUUAUUAAAUUUAUUUUCUUUUAAUGUAUAAAUCUAUGAAACAACAUAGUGACAAACAUUUUUUGUUUAAUUAGGAUAAAUUAUCACCAUAUAUUAUAUUAACAGAAUAAAUGUAGUUUCAACUUUUGAAAUUCCUCAUAACCUCAAUAAUUCAUAUGGAUGAGCAUCUUUUUUUCAUUAAUAUGUGGCUGCAAUGAAAUAUGAUUUACAAGGAUAACUAGUAAAAGAGCAGAAAGCCAUUUUAAACCGAUAACAAAUUCAUUAAAAAACAGUAAACAUUUCAAUCUAACGUAUUAAGAGAAUUUCAUCACAGUAAUUUGUUUAGGUGUCAAUAAUUUUUUAUUUUCUGAGUACAUUUCUAAUCACCUCCUUUGGGCAUUAUUAUUAUCUAUGAAUACUUAAAGUGAUUGUUUUUUGUCUUGUUAGUAUUUUAUAGUAGAUUUACUCGUGCUCAACAAAUGUUUUUUAAAGUCAUCCCAUUUAUAGCAGAAGAUUGUGAACGAUAUACUGUAUUAUAUUUUGCAAUGAUAGGUAAAUCCACAUUCACUAUUAGUUUUAAUUAAGAUCCAGUAUAAUAUUAUGAAGACUUCUACUAAAUUCACAUUUUGGAUGUGAAGACUGAAGUAUCAGUCAUUCAUUUUGUCAUCGUGUCUGAAGCUGUCAUUCAUUUUACUUCAUAUUAUUAGCAUUUGCUGUUCCGCAGUAUCAGUUUAAAUUCUCUUUUACUCCUUACCUUACUAGUAAAUAGCCAAUGUAUUUAAACUUGAAUAGCAUCUGUUAGUAAUAGUAAAUUGUCAGUCUUCAUUUUUUUUAUUGAAAAUUCAAUUCCUUGGCGCACUAAAUCUGAUUAUAGAUUUUGAAGUAGUUUUUCUCGUACUGUGUAUCUUUUAUUGUAUUACCCAACUUAGUUCUAUCACCCAUUUAAUAUGUAUAAGGCAGCAUUUUCCGCUUGUUUCUCACGCACUGUGUUAACAGUACUGUAUAUUGGGCUUGUGAUGCAAUCUGGAGGUCAGUAUUAUUGGUCACAUAUUAUGUAUACCAAAAAGAUCUACUAUAAUUUUGUUUAAAUUCAUAGUCAUUUUGCUAGAAAGACUGCUUUUUUCUUGAUUCUACAAUGACAAAUGUUUUAUUAUUAAAGUUCUGUGCUAUAUUCAGAUGAGAAUGUUUGUCUAAACCAAUUAUACAUUGGUGAAAGUAAUUUGAAAAUUAUGUUUUAUACAGCAUAUUAUCUGCACGGUGACAUUAUUAAUAAAAAAAAACUUGUUACCCCACUUUGUUGAAAUAAUUUCAAGGUACAAUACAGUACCUUGAAAUUUAGUUUAAGGUAUUUUCAUAAGAAGUGCAGAACUGAAUAAGGUAUUCUUAUUUUUUUAUCAAUGUUUAUACGAGUCUUUGACACUCAAUAUCCUGAUUUUGACACCAAAAUAUUUAGGUUACAUUUUUGCAAACUUACUUAUUUAUUUAUUUAUUUAUGCAUAUACAAGAAGGUACAUUGGGAAUGUGAGGAUACAUAAUAUGGUAAUUACAGUCUUGUAAAGCCACUAGUACGCGCAGCGUUUCGGGCAGGGCCCCUACUGUCAUUCCUUGUUUACAGUACUGUUGCCAGUGUAAACAGACCUUAUUGAGAGCAAGGAGAGUGUACUAGUGGAGAAUGUUGCCAUUUUACAUGUUUUUAUUUUCGACUUAAAAUCAUGUUAAUUCUUGACAUGCAAGAAGAGAUUCUUGAGACAAUCUUUAUAUAAAAUUGUUUAUCAUUAUUGUA